AUGGCCCUGGAGUAUGUGAAGACUGGACUCUCGCCCGUCCUCGCGUCCCAGAGCCGCACCGGCAGAAUCAUGGGCGGUGUCCGGAGGAAAUGGUUAUCCUACACCCCGAUCGCACAGGUCCUACAACGGACGUUUCGACGAGAAUGUGCAAUCGUGGGCUUCCAGGACCCGGAAGUCAACAUUACAGAUCAGGACCUCGAGGAUAUCAUGACGACAAUCAAACGAUGA